AUGAAGACAAGUUUGCUGGUUUGGAAUGUGGGGGACUUGUCUGUUACACUUCUACUGGCUAGUUCAGAGAAAUGGAGGGGCAAUGCUACAGUUCAAGAGCCCUAUGAGGAAAAGACACAACAGCUUUUAGUUGUUGAUGGAGUGUGGUGCUUUAGUGAGCUGUUUUUCAUAAAAGAGCCACAGGACAUAACUGUCACAAGGAAGGAUCCAGUGGUUUUAGAUUGCCAUGCCCAUGGUGAAGUUCCUAUUACCAUUACAUGGCUGAAAAAUGGAGCAAAGGUUUCUGAAAAUGAAAGGAUCUACACUUUAUCCAAUGGCUCUUUAUACAUCAGUGAGGUGGAAGGAAAGAGAGGAGAACCAUCUGAUGAAGGAUUUUACCAGUGUUUAGCUCUGAACAAAUAUGGGGCCAUUCUCAGUCAAAAAGGUCAUCUCACAUUAGCAACUAUUACUGCAUUUGAAGUCCAACCGCUUUCAAUUGAAGUCCAAGAAGGAGGUGUUGCCCGAUUGUCCUGUAAAAUAACAGCAAACCCUCCUGCCAUCAUCACAUGGGAAGUAAAUAGAACAACUUUACCGUUAGCCAUGGACAGAAUAACUGCUUUACCAACAGGAGUUCUUCAGAUCUAUGGUGUUGAACAGAGAGAUGCCGGAAAUUAUCGAUGUGUUGCUACAACUAUAGCCAAUAGACGUAAAAGUGCUGAGGCAGUACUAACUGUUAUUCCAGCCUUGGACUUGAAGCUGUUCCACAAGCCAGCCAUUAUAGCUGGUCCCCAGAACAUUACAGCAUCUCUUCAUCAAACUGUCAUCUUGGAGUGUGUUGCCACAGGGAAUCCAAAGCCAAUCAUCUCUUGGAGCCGGUUAGACCAUAAGUCUAUCGAUGUCUUCAAUACCCGGGUCCUUGGAAAUGGGAACCUCAUGAUAUCUGAUGUGAAGGUGCAGCAUGCUGGAGUGUAUGUUUGUCGAGCCACUAUUCCAGGCACACGUAACUUCACGGUUGCAAUGGCAACUCUCACUGUGUUAGCGCCCCCUUCUUUUGUGGAAUGGCCUGAAAGUUUAACAAGGCCCAGAGCUGGGACAGCCCGUUUUGCCUGUCAGGCAGAAGGAAUUCCUGCACCCAAAAUAUCAUGGCUGAAAAAUGGGAGAAGGAUACACUCUAAUGGUAGAAUUAAAAUGUACAACAGUAAAUUGGUGAUCAAUCAGAUAAUUCCUGAAGAUGAUGCUAUUUAUCAGUGUAUGGCUGAAAAUAGCCAGGGCUCUAUCCUGUCCAGGGCCAGACUGACUGUAGUUAUGUCAGAAGACAGACCCAGUGCUCCCUAUAAUGUCCAUGCUGAAACUAUGUCCAGUUCAGCAAUCCUGCUUGCUUGGGAGCGACCCCUCUAUAAUUCAGAUAAAGUGAUUGCAUACUCUGUGCACUACAUGAAAGCAGAAGGUUUAAAUAAUGAAGAAUAUCAGGUGGUUAUUGGAAAUGACACAACUCAUUACAUUAUUGAUGACUUGGAACCAGCUAGCAACUACACCUUUUAUAUUGUGGCUUACAUGCCCAUGGGAGCCAGUCAGAUGUCAGAUCAUGUGACUCAACACACCCUUGAAGAUGUUCCUUUGAGAGCUCCUGAAAUUAGUUUGACAAGUCGAAGUCCUACAGAUAUUCUGAUUUCCUGGCUGCCAAUACCAGCCAAAUACAGACGAGGCCAAGUGGUCCUCUACCGUUUGUCUUACCGCCUCAGCACAGAGAGCGCUAUCCAAGUUGUAGAGCUUCCAGGGACUGCAAAUGAGCAUCUUCUGGAAGGCCUGAAGCCUGAUAGUGUCUACUUGGUUCGUAUUACUGCAGCGACAAGGAUAGGCUGGGGAGAAGCAUCUCUGUGGACCUCCCACCGGACUCCAAAAGCCACAAGUGUGAAAGCGCCAAAGUCUCCUGAGUUGCGUUUGGAACCACUGAAUUGUACAACCAUAACAGUAAGGUGGCAGCAAGACUCUGAGGAAACGGCAACUAUUCAAGGGUACAAAUUAUACUAUAAGGAAGAAGGCCAACAGGAGAAUGGACCAAUUCUGUUGGAUGCCAAAGACCUUGAAUAUACCAUCAGUGGUUUGGAUCCUAGAAGAAAGUACCAUGUACGGCUGUUGGCUUAUAACAGCCUGGAAGAAGGUUACCAGGCAGACCAAACAGUCAGUACUCCAGGAUGUGUCUCUGUCCGUGAUCGUAUGGUACCACCACCACCACCGCCCCACCACCUGUAUGCCAAAGCUAACACUUCAUCUUCUAUCUUCCUCCACUGGGGAAAACCUGCGUUCACGUCUGCGCAAGUUGUCAAUUACACCAUCCGUUGUAACCCCGUGGGGCUGCAGAAUGCAUCUCUAGUCCUCUACCUUCAAACGUCAGAAACUCACAUGCUGGUACAAGGUCUAGAGCCAAAAACAAUGUAUGAGUUUGCAGUUCGAUUGCAUGUGGAUCAGCUGUCUAGUCCCUGGAGUCCUGUAGUUUACCAUACCACACUUCCAGAAGCUCCAUCUGGCCCUCCAGUUGGAGUGAAGGUGACUUUGAUAGAAGAUGAUACUGCUUUGGUUUCCUGGAAGCCCCCUGAUGGUCCUGAAACUGUUGUUACUCGCUAUACUAUCCUCUAUGCAUCCAGAAAGGCUUGGAUUGCUGGAGAAUGGCAAGUGCUACACAAAGAAGGAGCAAUAACUAUGGCUUUGCUGGAGAAUCUUGUGGCUGGUAAUGUCUACCUUGUUAAAAUAGCAGCAUCCAAUGAGGUGGGAGAAGGACCUUUUUCGAAUGCAGUGGAACUUGCUGUCCUGCCAAAGGAGACAUCAGAGUCCAAUCAGAGACCUAAACGUUUAGAUUCGGCAGAUGCCACAGCUUAUUCUGGCUAUUAUCACUUGGACCAGAAAUCAAUGACUGGCAUUGUUGUUGGAGUGUGUAUAGCCCUGACCUGUAUUCUUAUCUGCAUCCUGAUUUUGAUUUACCGCAGUAAAGCCAGGAAAACAUCUGCUCCUAAACCUGUGCAGCAAGGUAGUGACCAGCUAUCACAUACCAGCAUCUUGUUAGCCAGUGCUAAUGAGGCAGGGAAGAGUAUUGAAGGAAUUGCAGAGAAUGAAGAAUCCUUACUGCCAAUGAUAGUGGGGAACAACUUCCUUGAUGCUAAGGGGGGGACCGAUCUGAUUAUUAACAGUUAUGGCCCUGUCACAAAGACCAGCUACAAGAAAAGGUGGCUAUUCUUCCAAGAUUCAAAGAAGGUGAAGGCGGAGGAGCCUCAAAGAAGAUUUGUCCAAGCUGUGUGCUUAUAUCAGCCAGGCACUACUGUGCUCCUCAGUGAAGAUGACUCCCCCAAUUCCCCAGGCCAGCAAUCUAAUUUCCAGGUGCCAUUCAGUAUUGUAGCUGAUACAGAGCAUUCAGCAAACAGCGAAGGAAGCCAUGAGACAGGAGACUCUGGAAGAUUCUCACAUGAGUCCAACGAUGAAAUACAUCUUUCUUCAGUUAUAAGUACCACCCCACCCACGUCUGGUUCUUUUGUAGGCAGUGACUCAGGUGUGAAUGUGAACCCUGUCUUGAGUAACUGCAGAGAGCCUCCUGUGCCAUUAGCUACUGAUCACAGUCCUACCUCAUCUCUUCAGAAACAGUCCACGGCACAAAAUUGACAUACCCAUCCUGAUAGAAAUGCCAGACAUCCUUGCUGUGUAUGUCUGUUCGAAGGACAAUGAACAGGGAGCCAAAGUUUAUUGUGGGAAGCCUGACAACCCAUCAGGUGAUCCCAUAUUUCUGGUGAAUGUGUUUUGGUUUUGUUUGUAUUUUUUUUAAACUCACUCAUUUUGAAUGUUCAAUGGGUAACAAUGUGAAAGGACAGUGAAGAUUUCUGACCAGAGUAAAAAAAUUAUCACUGGAGCAAAGGGAAGGCUGUUGGCCCCUUUGCUGACUAUCUACCUCAGUUUGCCAAGUGGUGAACUCUGAACAACUGCUUUACCUCAUUUUUGUUUAUAGUUGGUUUCAGCUACAUAACAGAUGAUACUUCCUAGUAGUUUUUUUUUUUCUUUUUUGGCUGUGUGUGUGUGUUUUUGUGUGCGUGUGCAUGAGUGAUCAAAGGAGUUGUAUAGGUAGAUGAACAACUGUUUAGCUGAAGCUCUGACUUUAAAAAGAGGGAACCCUGGGAGGAUAAAAUAUGAAUCAACUCCAUGGACCUAAGAUUUAAAUGAGGAAAAUAAUAGGACUGUUAUGCAUCAGUAUGGGAUUAAUGGAGUAUAUUCUUUAAAAGAUACAGUAGAUACCCAUAACAAGUUUUUAAAAAGUAACUGGACAUGCCUUUUGGGCCUUUUGAUUGUUAUAGCCACAAAAGCCCCAGUCUGCCUAGGACAGUGCCUUUUCCAUACAAUCUUGUUCCAGCCAUUGCUUUCAGGAUGUAUACUACAUUCAUAGGGCCCUAGGAUAUGCUGGGUUCCCUACAAAAUUAUAACAUUGCCCCUUUAUUGGAGAUUAAAUGCUAGAAAGCUUAGUGAAAUGAAUUAGAAUUCAGCUUUCCAGUCAGCUUGGAACAAAGUGAAAAAUGUCUAAAAGAAUAC